CCAACUAGUAUAAAAGCGAGCCUUAUUUCAUCACCAUUUCAUCAAAACAAGCUUAUAACUCUCCUCCACAUAUACAUUUUGCAAUCAAACAAAUGAUCAAUCGAAAGAUGGAAGGCAAAACUUUGAUUCUAAGUGUGCUAGUAAUGAGUCUUGUCAUGGCGCAGAUUCAAGUCGAAGCAAGGAGUUGUUGCCCGAGCACGACUUCUAGAAACUGUAACAAUGUAUGCCGUUUCUCUGGAGGUUCUAAGGAAGCUUGUGCAAAACUUUGUGGAUGCAAAAUUGUUGAGGGGCCAUGUCCUCCGGGUCCACGUGACAUUCUUGAAAACUCUGGUGAUGCCGUCAACAAAUACUGUAAGUUGGGUUGUGCAUCUUCUGUGUGUGGUACCUUAACCACUCUCCAAAACUCCGAUGCAAGUGAAAUUGUGAAUGGAGCAGUUGUACAAUGCACCGAGGCAUGUUCUGAGUUAUGUACCAAGGGCUCAUCCAAUGAAGUUGAAACUGCCUAACAAGCAAUUCCACGAACUAUGUGUUGUUGUUUUCCUCGUUUUCAAUAAUUGUUGUGUAUGUGACAAAAAAUGCUAGAGUCUUGAGCUAGCUUCUACUAUUUCCAGGUUUUCUAUGUGACGUAGAAGAAGGUCAUUAUUUACCCUUUCUAGUUGCUAUUAUCCGAAUAAUGAAUAAUAAUGUGUCCUUAAUUUCUAUGA